AUGGCCGGCGGAAUGAUCGUGCGCCCUUCAUCCGACCUCUCCCUCCUAGCUCGCUUUCCCUUCCUCGGCGUGGUCGCAGUCCUUGCGCACGAUGUCCGCGAUCACCUUUCGAGUUGCGCCGACCGGCGCUCGACGACGGCCGGAAGUCUCGUGGCGCCCACGCCUGCGUAA